UCAAUAGAGUUUGACAGGAUAAUCUACUUGAUGAUUCUUCUAGAGGACUAUGAAAGAGUGGCAUCAGCGGGGAUAUCCUGGCUCAGGAACGCUCCAACUUCAAUCCUACCAAUUGUUUUCUGUCCAAGGGACACUGAAUUUCAAACAUGGCAAGCAUUUUCACGGUGAGUGAAAAUGAUCUGUUUCAUUUUGACUCAUUUUGCGACUCGAAAUAUGAGGAUGUCAAUUGCCAAAAGUAUGGUUUCUUCAAGAUCAAACUCGAUGAAUCGUGUGCUGGACAAAGUACCUCCUUGGAUGAAUUCAAGAAAAUGUUCUCCAUCAAGUGUCUGAAGAGCGUUCAGAGAUUUCUUCCAUUGCGGAACCCAGAUGUGAAGAGUCUUUACGGAACUGCAGCUGUCCCAACCUAUGCUUGGCAACAGAAAUGUUACAUGGACUCAUUAUUGGGUGACACAACAAAUUUUCAAGUUUCUUCCAAUUGCUGCAUGCAGGAACUGGAGAAUGGUGAAGAGGCUCUCCUAACGCACAUAUUUGACGAAGUUUCAAGGCAUUCUGUGACCAUGCAUAAUAAAUCUAAAGAUUCCCUAAAUACUGUACGUAAACGAGCACAAUCUUUGAAGAAGGCAUUUGAGAAACGUCAGUCACUUAGGAACAUUCCAUCCCUGGUGGGAAGGAAGAGUGCGUUCGCCAUAGCCAUGAAAUUCGAGAGAGUAACUCAUUCAUCCUCUUCCUGCCGUUGCAACUUAUGUGCCCUUACCUAUGAUCAGCCAUCAGUUGAAACUGGUAUCUUUUAUUGUCUUGGCAUAGAGGAAAAUCAGGAUGAUUAUGUUUUGACCACUGCUAAUUUUGCUAUGAGUCAACUUUGUUUCUCUAAUAUGCUGUCUGAUCUUGACUCAAUGUACGCUGGUGUGUCAUAUCCGAAACUUUACCUUGGUGGCGUGCAUUCUUUUAUUCCACUUCAUAUUGAGGAUUUAAGUCUUUGGAGUUUCAAUUUUCUACUUCAUGGAUAUCCCAAAUUGUGGAUGAUUAUUCCUCCGACGUCAGUUAGCCGCCUGACAGAUGCUCUGCAGAUGAGGGGAGAAUUGGGUUAUGUGAGCUGGUGCCGAAAUAUAUUAAACCACAAAUUCUUUCUACCUACAUUGCAAUUUCUAAAGGAAGAAAAUAUUCCUUUUGAAUUGGUGAUUCAGUAUGCCGGAGAAGGCAUAGUUCUUCUUCCUAACUGUGCACAUGCUGGAUGGAACCUGGGCACAAAUUUGUCUGAGGCCUGUAACUUUGGUACGAACAAGUGGAUUCCAUAUGGCUGUGUCUCAUUACAAUGCAAUUGCAAGCCAGACUCAGUGCAUGCUGACCUCUCAGAUGUAAUUGCUGUUCAUCAACCAAGUCUUCUGAAUGCUUAUCGCAAUAGAAAUGGUAUUGUCGAAAUCAAGGAUCAGUAUUUCCAAAAGUCAACUAUCAUUCGUAGGAUGGACCUCAUUGUGGAACCAUCAGUAACGCAAGAAAAAAGUGCUGCAUGUGUAUCUUUUGAACCAGUGUCUGCCCCUGACCCGGAUGCAAUGCUGGGUACUUUGCCAGUGUUACAAGCAAACAAGUCAAGAGUGAAGUGCCCUGUGUGUAAUGUGUCUUGGGCCAGUGUUCAAAAGUUCAAUAUGAAAACCCAUUUGAAGAAAUACCAUAGACCUCGCAUCAAUGAAGAAGCAGUCAGAAAAUUUACUGAGCAAUAUUCAAUUUCCUUAAAUUAACAUCUUAAGUUUGUGUUCCCAUGUGGUUCAUUGCAGGUGCAAGAAAUGUUUCAAGUUAAUUGUGUGUUUAAAAUGUUAUUAUCUUAAAUUUUGCUUUGCUGGUUAAAAUUAUAACAAAAAAAAAGCUUGAUGUACUUGACGUAAUUAUAAUUG